AUGUCAAGAAGAGGCUUACGAGAUGAAGAAAUCGAACGAUUAUUGUGUGAAAUUCCAUCAGACGAGGAUUCCACUGUUGACACCACAGAUGACGAAUCUGAUUAUGAAGCAAGCAUUGUUGCGGAGGCUAUUGUGUCGUCUGAAGGCGAAGUUUCAGAGAGCGAGGAAGAAAGUGAGUCCACUCCGCCAAAACGCGCUGCUGACACAGCGCCAACUUGGGGACAACAAUUCAAUGCUACCUCAGGAAUGCAGUUCGACAGUGAAUCAGGACCAAGUGCUUUUAUUAGGGACAUUGAUGAUCCAGAACCUAUCGAUAUAUUCGAAAAAAUAUUUCCAAAAGAGCUAGUUCAGCUAAUCGUUUUCCAAACAAAUUUAUAUGCGACGCAAUCUGGCAAGUCUUUCACUCCAACAACUGACAAUGAAAUACGAACUUUCCUGGGAAUCAACAUUUUGAUGGGUAUAAAGCGUAUGCCAGCAUACAGAGACUACUGGUCUAAUGCCCCAGAACUUCAUGAUCGUUAUAUUGCAUCUCUGAUGGCAGUAAAUCGGUUUGGAUGGUUACUGAGGAACAUUCAUCUGAAUGAUAACACAUUGCAUCCAGAAAAAGGACACCCAGGUUAUGACAAACUGUACAAGCUGCGACCAGUGAUCAAGAUACUAUCUGAAUCUUUUUCCAAGUGUUACCAACCCAGCAAACACCUAGCAAUUGAUGAGUCAAUGAUCAAAUUCAAAGGCCGCAACAGUAUGAAACAAUACAUGAGAGAUAAACCCAUAAAGCGUGGUUACAAAGUGUGGAUGCUGUGUGACAAGACCUCUUACAACUUGAAAUUUGAUAUUUACACCGGAAAAGUAGGUGACACAGUGCAAACAGGCCUUGGGGAGCAUGUAGUGCUGACAGAGAAACAUAUAUGCCUGUGGGACAGUUCAACCAACAAGGAAACAUUUACCCAAAUUAAAAACAGACAAAGAAUUAAGCAGAGGUGA